AUGGCCGCCGACAAGGACAAGGAGUCCAUCGCCCACGGUGACAUCAGUGAUGACAAACUGAUGACAUCUACAGGGCCAAACCACGAGGUCAUGCAUAGGGUCUAUAACAUGUGGACUGGUAUUUGGCGGCCGCCACUCCCACUCUACUACACUCCCCUUUUCGCUUGUUGCAUUACUAUUUUCGACCUUGGUGGCCCCAUGAUGUUGAUCUACUCCACCAUUAUCGUUUGCAUCGGCCAAUGUCUAUUAAUGAGCUCUCUCGCCGAGAUGUGUUCUGUUUGGCCUUACUCUGGCGGUCAGCAAGCAUUUACCAAAAACCUUGCCCCCGCCAGGGUCCGCCGAUUUUUGUCCUACCUUGUUGGAUGGCUCGUUCUCGUCGGUGACCUUGCUGCGUCGGCGAGCUGUGCUAUGAAUAACGCCCAGAUGAUCGGCGCCAUAGUUCAAGUCAUCCAUCCAGAGUUUCAAAUGACGAGAUGGUCCACUUGGUUGAUGUACGUCGCCAACAUUGUCCUAUCAGUACUCUUCACCUUCUCCCAGAGGCAUCUGCCUUUGAUUUCAACUAUCGGCGGUUGCAUAACCCUAGGAGGUGGCAUUGCAUGGGCAGUGUCAUUCCUAACAUUGUCACCGAAGCAGCCCGCUAGCUUUGUCUUCGCCAAAUUUAUGAAUAAUUCGGGGUAUUCAAGCUCUGGCUGGGUUGGUAUCAUGAGCUUCUAUGCUCCCGCUUAUGCUCUCUAUGGUACUGAUGGGAUCCUGCAUAUUGCUGAGGAGAUGAAGGAUGCUCAGAAAACCGCCCCUAGAGCCAUGAUAUGGUCUAUGCUAUUUAGCGGCAUUACUUCUCUUACUGGUGCUUUAAUUAUGGGCUUUUGCUGCGGAAACUGGGAGGAAUACCUGGAAACUGAUCUUCCCUAUAUUCCCUGGUUUGUCGACACGCUUAACACUGUGGGAGGAGCGGUUGCCUUCCUCUCAAUCAUUAUUAUACUUCUCAAUUUCCUCAUUAUCAUCGGCAUCAAUACUGCAGUCUCUCGCCUUGCCUGGGGUAUGGCGAGGGAUAAUGCUUUGCCAUUCUCUCACAUUUUCGUCAAGAUCAACCCCGUAGUUCAGACUCCGCUUUAUACCAUCUUGCUCGCCGUUGUUAUCGAGAUGGCUAUUGCCUUCGGAAGUGACUAUGCCUUCGAGGCUAUUAUUAGUUUUGGUCAAGCAGCGAUACAAAUUGGCUACUUGACCCCAGUAUUAAUGCUCCUUUGGCGUGGUCGUCGUGCCCUUCCCGUCCCGAGAUCGUUCAAUCUUGGGCCACUGGGACGUGUCAUUAACAUCGCCUCGGCUUGUUGGUCAUCUUUAAUCCUUAUCAUGCUCGUUUUCCCACUCUAUGUCCCAGUGAACGCGGAAAAUAUCUACAACAUGAACUGGUCUAUCGCGCUGAUUGGGGCUGUCGUGCUAUUUGUCUCGGUGGAUUGGAUCCUCCGUGGACGGCAUCACUAUGUCAUCUCGGGGGAGUGA